GCGGAAGCGAAUCUUCCUGUCCGCUUAUUUUUUUUCUUCUUCUCUCCUCCUGUACGUCAGGGAUAGGUCGACUAAGCGGCGAGACUCAUAGCGUGUCUACUUCACUUUCAAGAGUUAUUAUUAUUAUUAAUACUUUUGUGCUGUUGUUGAAAGGUAAUUUCGUUGACAGCUGAGAGAUGUUUCGGCGGCGUUGCGUAGGUGUGGCUGUUGCGGCUUCACUUCCAGAAAGAAAUGCUCUUGCGCUCUCGAACUCCCGCCGCGGCGUGACGACGCGAGGGCAGUUCAAUCCCAUUCACGCCUUCACAGCGCAGAGCAUCGCCCCGGCAAGGCAGGCAACGAACAAAAAGGAGUUUGAGACGAUGAUCACAAAUCCCGGGCCGCUGCGCGUGGCGUACUCGCCCGACUACCUCGACUGGCUCUACCGCGCGUACAACUCGAAGGUGCGCUAUGCGAGGGAGCGCAAGAAGGCGGAGGAGGUGUUUCAGGGUAUGCUGCUUACCGGGCAGCCGGCCAACAGCGAUGCCGCCGCGGCUGCACUGCCCGGAGCACCGCCGCCGGGGCAGACACUCCGUCCUCCGCACUCGAUUCGUAGACUUGCUGGGGAGGCGCGUCGUGCGGCUGCGCAGGAGAAGCUGGAUGUACUGGCACAGGAUCAGGGUCUUCUCGACCUGUUUGAACGCCAGCCGCAGUUCCCUGCCAUCCACAUCGACAAGGCUUCUCGAUACCACGUCGUGGAGCUCUUUAAGGAAAUGGUGCUGGAUCGCGUGUGGGAGCCGGAGGAGGUGUGGGACAAGGCCUUGCUGUAUCGCGCGAUCUUAAACGAGCGCAAAUCGUCCUACCCGAGCAACUACAAGUAUAUUCUGGACACCGCGGAGGAGGUCGUGUUGGUGCCGCGCUCGUCAGGUGAGUCGAGCCACGCCGCGGCAAGCUCUUCGCCAUCGGACACUGAUGUGGUGGGCGAGUCUUCAUCGUUGGUUCCAAAGGAAGAGGAUUACCUAUACUUUCUCUACCUCGUCCGCCGCUACUACCUUGACAACGCGGUGGAGGGCCACGUGGUGCUGCGCUGCCACCGCAGCCCCAACGCGUCGGAGCUGCUAUUUUCGCAUCCCCCGCCGAAGGACGAGCAGGAGGUGCUGAAGGGCGUCUUUGGCCGAACAGGCGCAGCGUCGCCGGAGAAGGCGCCCGCCGAAGGAGAGGCAGCUGCAAAACGUGCGGCUCCAGGGGCACUUGCUCGCCCGCGCCCGCCGUCGUCGUACCCGCCCAUCGAGGCGCUGUGGCGCUGCGAGGAGAACGAGUCGCUGCUGCGUGUGUUAGUCUUUGGCGAGCUCAAUCUGCUCGUGUCGGAGAAUCCGUUUGUACGCUUCCCGAACGCACAGGCGUAUCUGACGCGGCCGUCCGCCGCGACCCCGGCAUCCGCGUCGUCCGCUGGCGCUGGCGAAGACGGCCGCAGUCUGGAUCAACAGCAGCAGCAAUUCCGCGAUAACCGUCGAGGCAACCGUCGCGGCGGUGGCGGCAGAGAUGGCGACGGCGGUGUGUCUCUCUCGAGCAUCAUCUCCGAGAAGCGCGGCCACCUCCUCGCCCCACUCGCCCGCAACGUCGCGAUGAUGAUCGAUGCCCGCGCGAACGAUGUGCGGCGUCUGCAGCAGCGACACGAGCGAGAAGACACGGCGGGGUCUCAGAAGUUUCUGCGUGGCGCGCAGGUGGAGGAGAACCCCGCGCUCUAUUCGUCGUACACAGACUGGAGCUACUUCAACCCACGCGCGGUGCGUGCGGAGGACCGGGAUGCGCUGUCCCGCCAAGCCAUCGCUGCUCUCAAGACAUACGACCAGGCCUCUAAGGAUAUUUACCGCGUCGGCUACGAAGAGGCCGAGUCUGCCAACGCUAAGCGUGUCCUGGAGGGCAGGGACAACGCUCCCUCGUACGUGCCAACGCUGCCGCACUUCGUCGCGCUGAUCAAGAAGGAUCCGUACGUGUCGUUUCUCACCUACGUCGCGCUGCCCACCGAGUACGGCGCGUCCGCCCCUGCGCAGCCGACCGCGCUUUCCAACAAGCGGCAACUCGAGAAGCUGGUGGUGCAGCUGGGAAGGGCGCUACACCGCACCGCGCUAGACUUUCAUAAGCAACCACUGCGUCGCGUGAACCGCCAGAAGGUUCAGGUGGCGGCGGCGCUGUUGGACCGCUUUGUGAAGGACCGCUGGCGUGUGCACUGCGCGGAGCAGCCGUCAACGGAGGGGGUGCGGGACAUGGCUCAGCGUUUUAGCGCGUUUGUGCCGUUUGAGGGCCGCAUCUGGGACGAGAGCGGCUUCCCGAGUGACGCGCGUGUUGAGGACUACGAGCGUUGGAUGGCGCCACCGACGGCGUAA